AAGGCAGAGAGGGUCGUGGGGGAGAGAAUGCUCCAUUAAGUUCACCGCUGCUAGCUUUAAUAAAAAGCUUAUUGGAGCAAGGUUUUUUUGCCAGCGGCCAUGAAGCGGCUGCGAGACUGAAUGGAGCUAGCGAUAUCAACUUGGCUAACGCCACUGUUGAGUAUCGAUCGCCUAGAGACGCGGACGGCCAUGGAACACAUACAGCUUCCACAGCUGCGGGUCGUCAGGUUUUCCAGGCCAACAUGUCCGGCUACGCUUCUGGAAUUGCCAAAGGUGUCGCUCCAAAAGCUAGAUUAGCAGUCUACGAAGUGUGCUGGAAGGGCUCUGGCUGCUUCGACUCCGACAUUCUCGCUGCAUUCGAUCGUGCUGUGGCGGACAGGGUAGAUGUCAUUUCCAUCUCCAUCGGAGGAGGUGACGGUAUUUCCUCUCCUUAUUAUCACGAUCCAAUUGCUAUCGGAGCUUAUGGCACUGUUUCUGAAGGGGUAUUCGUCUCGUCCUCUGCUGGGAACGAUGGCCCCAACGGAAUGUCUGUAACUAACCUCGCACAAUGGCUUACUACCGUCGGAGCUGGAACUAUCGAUCGUAAUUUUCCGGCCGUUGUAAUUCUCGGUGAUUGACGGAAGAGGGUCCUAAUUUUCCGGCCGAUGUAAUUCUCCGUGAAAAUUGAGCGAGAACCACGGCAGAGGCGGAUUCACAUCUCGGAUUGAAUCAUGUUGACACAUGUAUCAAAGUCGAAUCAUGGUUCCGUUCCAGAUUUUCCUCCUCAGGAGAAUCUCCGGAACAACUCUGCCAAGGUAUCUCAUCAUGGGUUGUGCGUUAUAUUAUCCUCAAGUAUCUUCAAUAAGUUCCUAUCAACUGUAUGUGAAGCCAUUCCCCAAGUAUUGCAUGUGUGCUCUAUAGAAAAAAAAAAUUAUAUAGUCUUUUAAUUUGUUGAAAUGCAGAAUAUGUUGAAUAGAUGUUUUUUGUCUUGAAUAUUUUAGGCACAACAAGUUAAAGGAAUGCAUGGAAUGAGUUGAGGGGUACUAAAGUAAAUUGUAUUCAAAACA